UUUGUAAUUUGGUUGGAUGCCGUGUCAGACGCGAAAAAGAAUCAAACUUAAAUACUGUUUUGCUUCCAUUGACUCCUUUCUCAAUUUAACAGAUAAAUGGUUUAAUGACGUUGGUGCUGUCAAACUUGCAACUUCCUGAUCGUGUGUCUGUAACCUGAUAUUAUCACAAGGAGAGCUUAAGUACCGUGGCGGUAUUUUCACUGUAUCAUCUCAUUUAGGGUUGCGACGGGUACUCGAGUACCCGAUAACGGGUCGGGUAGCUUAGGACUCGAGUCCAAUUUUCAGGACUCGAGUACCCGUUCAGGGGAGAUAACUCUAAUCGCCUUUCGUAACUCGUAAGUCACUUCAAAAUGGACGACAAAGUGGACAAACGUUCAAAUGAUUUAGAGAUUUGUUGGUCACCAAAUGCAGCGAAAACAGGAUGCCAUUGGAAAUCGAGUGACUUCACUUGCAGUAAUAUCACACACCACAGCCAUCAUCAAACCACCAUCGAGUACGGAGGGUCACCUAACAGUUGCGUCGUCAACCGUAACGUCUGUGCCUCCUCCGACAUCAUCACCACUGGCAGUAAGGAGAAUGACAAAAGGCGCCUGCCGGAAGCAUAAUGGCUACACCUUCAUGUCAAGAACCAGCAUGUGCAUACGCCAUUCAACAGGGAAACCCGUUACCUGGUUUGAAGCUCGUCAAAUAUGUAGAGCUGAGGGCGGGGACCUCGUAAAACUAACUUCGUCGUGGAAAGGAAGAGUUUGCCAUGAUUUCGUACAUUACAAACCGGUGAAGAAACCCUACUGGAUUGGCUUGCAGAUGAAUGCUCAUGGUGGCAGAUGGGUUGGUGGAGAUUCCAUGGUAUAUUGUAACUUUAUGUUCAACAUCGUCCCUACUGCCAGUUCCCCUGUGUGUGUUAGGGUCAACAAGGGCCCGUUCCGCAUAUGGAAAAAAGCGGAUUGCAACUCCACUGAUGUUAAGAACCUCGUCUGUGAAAUAGUCUAAACCACAUCUCACUACCGGAUGAAGUGUCACACUGUGAAACUUCGUUUGUGAAAUAGUCAAAUAUAAAAUAAAGACCAAAAGCCUU